AUGCUGACUCCAUAUUCAGCAACUUCUCCUUCCAUGACCGAGGCGAGCACAGGGUCCGCUGCUGCUGCCGACGACCUUCCACCUUUUGCGUCCUUAACCACCGACGAGGAACGUGAACGAAAGGCCGAACGUUCAAGUCCAGGUACUUACAAUGUGGUGGUGAACCAGGACAGCUUUCAGCAUCUACCCGAAUAUAACGACGACGUCGAGUCCAGAAAAGAAUUCUUGUCGCCUCUACGACGGGGUUCAGUGGCUACAUCACUUACCAGCAGUCUAGGUCGUGAUUCAAGUGCAGAUGCGAAACAACCUCGUGAGGAUCCGAAUGUAGUAGUACUGCCACGGUUUGAGGAUAUUUCCCGCCGUGGAACGUUCAGCUCAAACAACCCCCGAUCACCACUUUCACCAACCGCAAAGCAUACUAUCAUCAAAGAUGAGGAUCCCGAGGAAGCAAUACUGAUGGAAGAACCAGAAGUAAUUGACGCGAGAGAUCCAACCCAGGACGCCAGGUACCUACACCAAAUUCGUCAUGUUGUCUGGAAACAACUUGUGCCUGCAGAACCAGACCAAAGAGAUGGGAUGGCAAGAUCUAGCGUUAAUGUUUUGGAAGCUGCAGCAAAUGUUUUUGCUCCACUGUACCACGCCAUGAUGGCAGUUGCAGCACUCAGUUUAUCCUCUCAAAACGAGAACGAAAGGCUUGCUGCAUUACAACACUAUCAGCAGGCCCUGCCUGCUUUACAGAACAGUUUGAGAAGUCCUGAGGAUCUGUCAUCAGAUGGCGCAUUUCUCACUCAUUUUCUUUUGCUGGUUUACGAGAUCGCCGCAGCAGAAGCAGGUCACUCAAAUUUGUGGUCACAGCAUCUAUCCACUCUUCUACGAAUUGCGCUCCUUCGACGAGAAGUUUUCGGCGGUGAACGAUUUCCAUAUGUUGUCUGGUGGAUAUGCAACAUCGAUCUGGACGCCCUUUUCAGUGGAGCUGGAACUGGUGAAUUCAUCGGGUCGAUGCUGAAUAACGACAUGAUACCACCUCCAAGCUUUCAUUUGUAUCCUUUGGGUGUUGAUGGUUCGAGCGUUGUUUACUCUGACGAAGUGGAUACUCUACCCACAAUAUUGCAACUUGACUAUGAAGUUACAAUAAUUGCCGCUCGUUUGGCAUUGCUCGCGCAAGAAUUUCGACACGAUUCUGGUUUCGACAACCCUGGUCUAAUGCAAAAAGAGCAGGUCACCAGGAUCAGACAGAGUCAAGUUUUCGAACUCCAGGAGGCUUUGCGGCAAUUAUGGGCCGCGCCGGGAGUAAUCAUGAUAGCGCAUGAUUUGGACGCCCUACCCGACCGUUCAAAACAGCUUUAUGAGCAUGCUGCGACGCUAUAUCGAUCAUGCAUUAUAUACUCACAUACUUCCAUGUGGCCAGGGCAGCGACUCGAAACCUCACCUGACUAUAACACAGAAAUUGCGGUGGCUUCCAACCAGAUUUUGAACAUGACGAGAAAAGCGUUGGCCGAAGAUCGAUCCGAUUGUCGUUAUCUGGUAAUGCCUUGCUUCAUAGCGGGUUUUGCCAGUACAGACGGAACGCAUAGGAUGCAAGCAUUAGAUUUGAUCCGAAACAUGGAAAAGGCUAGCAUCGGUCGGAAUACUGCCGUAACGAGAAGAGCUCUUGCGGCGGUCUACGAACGACAAAACGAACAAUUUAUGAAUACCGGUCAAAGCUUGGAUGUGGACUGGAUGGAAGUGAUGCAAGAGCAAGGACUUGCGGUUGUGAAUUUUGGGCUUUAA